AUGAAACUGGGUGUUUACUAUGUAUUCAUUCUCAAAGAUAUAUUGCAUGUGCCAGACAACAUCAUCGGAUAUACAAGUGGCUCGCUCGUGUUCUACGAUCAAAUUGGAACAUUGGUUGUCAUCACCUUUUGGGGUGUUCUUUCCGAUUCAUUUGGGCGUCGCCCCAUAUAUGUCAUAGGCUACACUCUCAUCGGCAUUACGUUUAUAUUAUAUCCGCUGACACAAAACGUUUACCCUCAGUUGCUUCUUUUAAGACUAUUGUUCUGUAUAGGCGGUGCUGCAGUAUCUACCAUGAUUUCUGCUGUUUUGGCCGACAUUGCUGAUGAAAGGGAUCGAGGCAAGAUUGCGGGUAUUUCUGGACUUUUUACUGGUCUUGGCGCACUUAUUGGGCUUUUUGUAUUUCUUCGCAUUCCGGUGAUGAUCGGCCAUACUGGUAAUGGUCUUAGAAACUCUUACUGGAUCAUUGCCGCGAUUUCCAUUGUUUUGGCAGUGGUGCUAGGUUUUACUCUACCUUCUCCUAAGCUUGUACGAGAAAUUAUGAAAAAACAGUUGCAGCAAGAGGGAGACUUGACGACAUUGCCUGCACGCUCAGCAAACCCCACGCCAUCUACAUCUGCAUCCACUUGUUCUGUCAAUACUCACGAAAACUCGUUGGCUGAAAGUUCAACGCCAUUGCCCAACACUUUGCAAAAAAUCUCGAAUGCCAGUCUUAUGGGGCAUUUUACAGCAAUAUACUCACUUACGCGAGAUGGUUUGCGUACCGUUGUUCGCGAUCCACGCCUUAUCCUUGGCUUGAUUGGUAGCUUCCUUGCGCGGGGUGAUACCAUAACUGUAACACUAUUUAUUCCUUUAUGGGUGUAUAAACACCAUGUCAUGAGUGGUGAAUGUGAGGGUAAUUCUCCAGAUACUUUAGAAGUCAGUUGCCCUAAAGCGUAUAUUGUUUCAUCUAUUCUUACUGGUGUGAUUCAGACAUUUGCCCUAGUUGGUGCUCCUAUAUUUGGUUUUAUUACAGACAUUGUGUAUCCUCCAUUAUUGAUGCUGAUUUCAACUGUUUUGGCAAUGGCUGGAUACCUUUUAUUGUUUUUAUCUACUUCGCCGGGAUCCAAGCUUAACUACUUUACAGCUUUUUUAAUCGGAUUUGGCGAGAUUGGUCUUAUUAUUGUUUCUCUCACACUUGUGACAUCGGCUAAAAGCAUGCCAAUUCAUCUCCGUGGAAGUAUUUCAGGGAUAUCUAGUUUUUGUGGAGCAUCUGGUAUUUUAAUUGUGUCAAAAGUCGGCGGAUUGCUUUUCGAUUCGUGGACACCUGGCGCUCCUUUUUUGGUCAUCUCAUUAAUGCACAUACUGUGUGUUGCUUCCUCUGUCACAGUGAUAUGUUUAGAGUAUAAGAAAGUAUGGGGUGUGUCUCGUAUAACUACAUCAAAUACUGCAUCGGCUUAA